UUGUUUAUGCUUUGAGAUGGUUUUUUUUUUUUUUUUUUUUUCCUAUUGCAAAUGUGAGUCCGGGAGAGUAGGCUUGAAUUUCAGGCCGUAAGCCAGUUCAGGAAGUUUGGCUGACACACAGCGUGAAUCCUUCUGCUACCGAGGACACCAGCCCUGAGCACUGAUGUGUCGAAUUCCAGAGGAGAGAGGAGACAGAGGAGGCAGACAGCCCCAGGAGCGAGGAGCCCUGUGGGCUCUCCAGUCCGAGCUUCGCCCCCCUGCUCUGGUGCGGCCACGUAACAGCAACCAGCCUGCUGGCUCUUCUUUGGUAAACUGACCUUUGCCCUCCCUGGGGCCACAUGUUAGUUUCUCUUUCACGAAACAGCUGACCCCACCUCCUCUCACUGACCAGGAAGUCGUGAACUGUCAGCUGUGUAUAUCGCUGCAUCCCACCCAGUGCCUCACUUCUGUUUGCUCUUCAUAGGUUUAAAAAGUUCAGAGCCAACUUUAAAAAUAGGAGGAUCUUCAGGUACAAAUCUGAAUUUCUGUUUCUGCUCAGGAGGGUAAAGAAAUAAUUAAAUAGAAAGAAAGAAAAGAAAAGAAACCAAAACCAUUCAGAACUUCCUGCUGCCUGGAGCUCACUGGCUGCAACAGCUGUUUCUCAUCUAGAAGAUCCCUGGGCUGGCCGCUUGCCUCUGGCUUCAGGCUUCAGAAACUCAAGCUGUCAGUCUCCGAGUGGAUGAAUUAGUGGUUUGAAUUGGAAAGAUACAUGGAGUAGGGAAAUGGAAUCUCACAGAAUUCUAGCAAGAAAAGCCAUUUGCAGAAGUGAGCUACCUUCAGUAGCUUGGUCCAAGAAGAGGAAGUUUCUGAGACUUCUGAAUUGAAACUGAAAAGCAACCUACUUCCAUUUGCUUUGAAAGGGAAUCAUGAACAUUGAAGCGUAUUUUGAAAGAAUUGGUUACAAGAACCCUAGGAACAAAUUGGACUUGGAAACAUUAACUGACAUUCUUCAGCACCAGCUUCAAGCCGUUCCCUUUGAGAACCUUAACAUCCAUUGUGGGGAAGCCAUGGAAUUGGAUUUGGAGGCCAUUUUUGAUCAAAUUGUGAGGAGGAAAAGGGGGGGCUGGUGCCUCCAGGUCAAUCAUCUUCUGUACUGGGCUCUCACCACCGUUGGCUUUGAGACCACAAUGUUAGGAGGGUAUGUGUACAACAGUAUAGCCAACAAAUACAGCAAGGCCAUGAUUCAUCUCCUGCUGAAGGUGACCAUCGAUGGCAGGAACUACAUAGCUGAUGCUGGGUUUGGACGCUCUUACCAGAUGUGGCAGCCUCUAGAGUUAAUUUCUGGAAAGGAUCAGCCUCAGGUGCCUUGUAUCUUCCGCCUUACAGAAGAAGGAGGAAUCUGGUACCUGGACCAAAUCAGAAGAGAGCAGUACAUCCCGAAUGAAGAAUUUCUGAAUUCUGAUCUUCUGGAAAAGAACGCAUAUCGGAAAAUCUACUCCUUCACUCUUGAACCUCGAACAAUUGAAGAUUUUGAAUCUGUGAAUGUAUUCCUUCAGGAAUCUCCAGCAUCUGUGUUUACAAGCAAGUCAUUUUGUUCCUUGCAGACCCCAGAAGGGGUUCGCUGUCUAGUGGGCUCCACCCUCACCUACAGGAUAUUCAAUUAUAAGGACAACAUGGAUUUGGUGGAGUUUAAGACACUGAAUGAGGAAGAAAUAGAAAAAGAGCUGGAAAGUAUGUUUAAUAUUUCCUUAGAGAAGAAGCUGGUGCCCAAACAUGGUGAUAGAUUUUUUACCAUUUAGGUAGGCAGAAAAAUGGUCUCAAUAUUACUUCCAGUGCUGUAACUUUUUAUUAAAAAAUCUUUUAUUAUAUAUAAAAGUAGAAAGAAUGAAAUGAUAAAUGUCUGUAUUUCACUUAGUUUAUCAACUAUCAAGCAGUGACCUGUCAUACUUUCUUAAUGCUCCCACGUUAUAUUGAAGACAGUUGUAGACAUCAAAUCAUUUCACCUAUAAAAAUCAGCGUAUAUAAUUAAAUAACGUUUAAAAACGCAUAACCACAUACCUUUUCAAAAUUAAUAAUAAUAAAGAUGUUUUAAUGAUGGUUUAUUGUUUCCAGAGGAGAAAUAGUGAUUUAUGCUAGAAAACCUCUCACAGUGGUUGAAUUUUGAAUUCAUAGAAUAUGUUUAUCCGUGGUUCAGCCUAUAGAACAUAGAGGAAACCAUUUUUCUUAAAUACAAUCGGUGUAUGUCCAAUGUCCAAUUUGUACAGAAAUUCCACAUGUAUAAUGGGAUUACAAUUCAACCAUGAAGAAUGAGACAUGACAUUGCUUCCGAAUAACCUAACAGUUCUCAAGACAAGGCAUAAACCAGUAACUUGUUAGCAUGUGAUUAAGUAUCAAGAGAAUGAUGCAACUAUUAAUUUCUUACGUGGCUCUUCCUGUCAACACUGUUCUUCAUGUACCAUUUUUCUGAAUUUGGGAGGCCUUAAAUUUACAAUUUUUCAGAUUUUGAAUUAAAUAUCUUUGUCUAAAUGUAAUGAGUAUUGUGAAUUUAAAAAUACUUAUUAUCUGUAAAAACUUGAUGUCUGAAAAUUAUGUUGAAACACUGUUGACCAAUAAAACAUCAGUCACAAAGGUUUUGUUUGGCAGUCAGGGUAUUAUGGGGCUGGAUCAUUUUUCAGUAGCGGAGUUUUCCUUUCAUCCUCUUUCUUGUCUCCCAGUUAUAUUCUUUUAUUUCCCCUUACACUUUGUCAUAAAGAAAAGGAGUACGAGCUUCGAAGUAUAUAUUUCUGAGUUCAAAUCCUGUGGACCCUGAGAGAAUUACUUGACGAAUCUCUGGCCCCAAUUCUUCAGGAAUAAUACUUAUAUAAGUAGGUGCCAGACUUAGAGAAAACUCUCAAAUAAACACUUGUUAUAUGGCUGAACGAAUAA